CUUUACAGCGCCCAUUAUCACCGUCCAAUUCUUUCAAGAUGGCGACCCUUCAGGGAUCAGGAAUCCCAAGGGUGAAACUGGAGUCGCUUCCAGAUGCCAACAUCAAACCAGAACCUAUGGACGACACGCCGUCGCCCUACGUUGAUGAGGAUGAGGAAAUGUACGACGAGGACACUGCCGACCUGGAUUUUUCGCAAGCACAACAACAACUAUGGCUUAGUCACAUUCCGAAGACACUGUGGGAAGCACUAUCCAAACUUCAAGACGAUGACGAAAUAGAGAUCGGGACCAUACGAGUUGAGGGCUCAGAGACUAACCCGUCAAGAGUCAGUAUGCUGCUCAAAUCAAUACCGGAAUUUGCGAACGAGCCGAAAGAAUACAAUCUAUACCGUCCACCGACUGAGAGACUACGAGUUCGAAGACCUGGUCAAGCGUUUGUCUUCUCGGAGAAAGAUCUACCAGGCUACAAGCCUCGAGCAUUCGCCUGGGACGACAUUGACGAAGAGGGAAAUCCAGGACAAGGCCGCUCGUUUCUGUACGAGAGACACAAGCGCGAGCUGAAGAAGAAAGAGAACAAGGGCCGUUUCGUCCCUUACGCACGCCGCCCGAUACCAAAGCAAACUGCCAUUGCGGGGACUGUGGCAAGAGAGUUCGAAGCCGUGCCAGUCAAGAACGAGGAAUAUUUCGUGCUCGAGAACAAACAGGCUUCACAGAUGCUCAAGCCACCGGAACGAGAAACGGCCGUGUUCGAUCCAAAGAGAGAUCCGUCAAGGCAGCACGUGCCGCUGAUGAGCAUGAGCGACAGGGCUAAUGCGAUCAAGAAUGCGCAAGCUCGAAAACAAGCGCAGAAGGAGAACCGCGCUGCUCGUGUCGACAAACACGUCCUCAUCGACAAACUUCUCGAGCUCUUCAGGCAGCAUCGCAUUUGGGGUCUACGUGAUCUCAAGGCGAAGGUCAAUCAACCCGAGGCAUAUCUACGGCAAACGCUGGAUGAAAUUGCGUUCAUGUGGAAGGCAGGAGACUUCAACGGCAAAUGGGAGCUCAAGGAUGAAUACAAGAGUGACCCUGCGCUGCAGAACCCGAUGGGUGUUGUGGCGCCUAAAGUGGAGGACUCUGACAUGGAUAAAUCUGGCUUGGACGACGACGACGAUGACGACCCCUUUGAGGAUGUCGGAGCAUAGGUUUCUCUGAAUCAUUUGACAGCAGCAAGGCGGCGUUUUGGAAAAACGGUUGAAUAAAAAGAUACCCAGGCGGCUGUAUGACAUUGAAAGACGGUUGGGAGCCGGGCUUCGUCUUGUAUUGUUUAUGGGGAGCUUGGAAAAGCAUCGACAUCUUGAAGCAAGGCUCUUUCCAAAACUGCACCUUGCCAACAUACCUAGGUAGACGGCUUACUGAGGCGUUGCCGCUUAACACUAUUCUUAGAAAGGCAAAAGACCUAGAACGAAC